GUGGUUCCAGCCCCUACGAUGACGUCAUUACGCAUGGUUUUUCCAAACAAUACUCAGGAAAAGCCACGUUGACGUUCCACACUGAAGUGUACUCCACAGUUUGAGGCAGAAUCAAGCAGGAAUUGAGCUUCACUCCGCUGUUUGUUCCCGCUGCAGACUCAGGAUCACAGCAGACAUGUCGUCACCGCCGAAGGAGAAAGUGGAGACCAAAGGAGGACACCUCCCUGCAGUAAAGGCAGGAGGUAUGAGGAUAGUGCAGAAGCACCAGCCGGCUCCUGCUGCUGCUCCAGAACCAGUGCCCAAAGAUGAGGACGAGGAUGAGGAGGAGUACCUCAGCAGCAGUCCACCAAAGGCCCCCGUGAUUGUGUCUGGAGUGGUGACAAAGGGCGAUAAGGACUUCACCCCUGCAGCUGCUCAGGUGGCUCAUCAGAAGCCCCAGCCCUGUGUCUCCAAGCUGCCCGCCUCCCAGCACAUCAACCAGCACAUCCACCAGCCCCGCAAGUGAACUAGCACCACGCAACGGCUUUGCUAACUCCACCUACCGGCCUCCCUUAAUGGAACACAUAGGAUGAAGAUGUUUCCCCACCAGGCGCAGAUCCCCUCUCAGUAAUCAGAGAAGUUGUUGUUUGUCUGUUGCUUUACAUGUAAGAAGAGUUUAUCAGCAUCAGAGCUUAAUUCCAAUACAGCCAUUGUAGAAGUGUCCCCCCCCCCCCUGCUGCAUAGGUGCUGCACUGUCAGUUCUGCACUUUGGUGUCCUCUCCUUAAGACGGAUGGAUUGACGGUUGUAUAAUCUUAAGGUGGCCUUCAUGGGUGGAUAGGACUUCUGAAAUGGCUAUAGUUCAAGGAUUAAACAUAAAUGAAGAAAUCUCAGAUCUGAGUCUGUGGGGGGGGGAGGGGGGGACUCUCACUGCAACGAUGUGCCAACCAGUACUGCAUCUACCAGCCAAUCACAGCAAGCUUUCAAUCAGGCCUUCUAACCAACCAUCACCUGCAAGUGAUGAGCCUACACUCCCGCCUUAUACCUAAAAUCUUCGCAGACCAAAAGAACCAAUCCACAAAUCGCAACCAGUAUUAUAUCAUAACUACAAACCAGAGACCAGCAGAGAGGUAAAAUAGAUAAUUAGAUGAGAUAUUAUUAGCACAAACACUGAGGUUACCCUUUGAUCAUUUCAAUAACUCUUAACUUAAGAUAAAUGUAAUCUCCCUGUACAUUCCAUAGAAAUAUAUAUAUAUCAGAAAUCUAUAUCGGGAAUACAAAUUAUUGAUAUGCAGUCACACACCACCCUUUUCCUUAAGCACCCAUCCCCUUACACGCAAGUGUCAUUUGUUGCAACACUAACGUUCAGGUUUCAAUAAAGAGAGAAAUUAAUAGAUGCAUCUUACCAAGCAGGAAUGAUUUCCUGUGUUAACUUAAUUACGUUUAAAAGAGUUUUAUUUUUUGUUCUUUUGUUAUUUUGUUCAAAUUGUACAAAUCUAUGAGUGGACUUAGGUAUUAGGUGAGGUUGAAAUGGUAAAUAAAGAUAUGGACUAUCUGGAAAAAAACA